UCCCACCCGUUCGUGGUGUCCGUCCUUCCCUUACGCUGAAGGCCACUCUUGUACAUUCUUGCAACAAUCGGGACGGUACAUUGUUUGAUUCCAUCGGCGACUGCAAGAUUGCUCGGGACACAGAUGCAGGCCACGCACGACUCGCCGAAUACGUGUCACAGAGAUGGAAGAGAGUAUCUCACCUGAAAGAUAUUCUCUCACCAACCUUGCAUGGGCCCGCCUUCGGGGUUAUAUUCAAAACGAUCUUCAAGACAUUGAUACCACCACUUCCCUCUUCCGCGAAGCCCUUGCAUUGCGUCCGCAGAGCCACCCAGAUCACGCAUUAUCUGUCUAUCAUCUCAUUUUUGCAUUGAACUGGCGCUAUAGAAAGGAGGACACCACCGUCGCCAUCCAAGAAUCCGUGCAACUAUGCUGCAAGCUACUGCCCCUCUGUCCACAGGGCACUUACCUGCGUAGCACCGGCAUAGACAGUGAGGUAGAUUAUGUGAUCGACGAAUGCAACAAUCUUCCGAACGAUGCAUCAGCUGAAGGCAUCCACCUUCGACGAGUCGUGCUUGAGCUCGGUCCUCUGGGCCAUCAACGCCAUCCCAUUACCCUCGCCAAUCUGGUAAUCGCACUUAAAUUACACUUUCACGCACACGGCAACAUUGAUGAUCUAGAAGAGAGCAUACAACAUGGUCGUGAAGCUAUUUCUCUGUGCCCAGAGGAUCAUCCUAAUCAUAGUGCCUCUCUGCAUAACUUGGCAAGCUUACUCCAGUGCCGCUUUGAUCACCAAGGCAAACCACAUGACCUCGACGAGGCUAUCUCCAUGCAUGAAGAAGUGCUGCUCCUGAACCCUAUCUGGCUUAGAGGGAGCAAUUCCAUUCUGGACUCCCUAGGGUGCGCCCUCAACACCCGUUUCCAGAAUUACGGUGACGUUGAUGACAUCAACCGAGCUGUCAGCCUCCAUCGCGAGGCACUGGCGUUGACCCCACCUGGACAUCCAUUUCAUGACACCAUGCUUAACAACCUUGCCCUCGCGCUCGCAAUCAGAUAUAAUUUGCGCGUCAUCGAGGAUCUUGAUGAGGCCAUUGAUCUAUAUCGCGAAUGCCUUCGGUUAAAACAGGUUCAUGAUCCAACGUACCCUACAAAUCUUUACAAUUUGAGCUACGCGCUCUGCGUUCGUUUCACGCGAACUGGGAACAUUGAAAAUGUCGAGGAGGCCAUUCGGCUCUGCCAAGAGUCAUUGGUAGCUCUGCCUUUACUGCACCCGGGUAGGUAUUACAGCUAUCAGUGGCUGCAGGAAGGCUAUUUGUCUCGUUUCCGAGUACACCACAACCCCGCUGAUCUAUCACUUGCGGUGGAGAACUGCAGACUGGCAUCGAAGCACCCUACUCAAGGCUUUACGCAUCGUAUUGCAACUGCCUUGGACUGGGUUAUUCAUGCUGAAGAUCAUCAACACGACUCUGCCCUCGAAGCAUACCAAAUAUGCUUGGAGCUGUUCGACAACCACGUAAUGACGCGAUCAUCGAUCAUCUCACGGCGCGAGGCUGCAACCGCUUUCUGCUGUGCGCAGUCACUCCCAGUAGAUGCAGCAUCAUGUGCUGUUCGUUCCAAUGACCUGCAACGAGCGGUCGAACUCUUGGAGCAGGGUCGUGGCCAGCAAUGGUCACUGGCCUCUCGACUCAGAACUCCGCUGGAAGACCUGGAGUCUGCGAGUCCGCAACUAGCUCAAAGACUCGCGGAGCUCAGCAAGGGCCUGUCUGAUGCUCAGGGUUCCGCCGGCAGCACUGACAGAGCUGCUGCUGAUUGGGCAGCAACCGAAUACAGGAGGCUUGCAAGGCAAUGGGAAGCUGCAGUGGCUGAAAUCCGUGAUAUUCAAGGUUUCUCGCGAUUCCUGCUCCCGCCGUCGUAUACAGAGUUGCAAGCGGCAGCACGCCAUGGUCCAGUAAUCAUUCUCAUUGCGAGUCAAUACUCAUGCAAUGCCAUUAUUGUCCCAGCGUCAGGAGAACCCCAUCAUAUUCCCUUAUCGUCUAUCACUCUCGCAGAUCUGGAUGAUCUCAAAGGUCGAUUCACCAGGGCGAUACAGCAAGCAUCUCAUAUGGGCCUAACGGAAUCAAGGACGGACCUGAUAGUCCUCUUGCGGAUAGUAUGGGAUGAGAUAAUGGUACACAUCGUCAACGUACUUGAGCAUGUCCUCAAAUUACAGCGCGGGUCUCGAAUCUGGCUGUGUCCAACUGCAGCUUUCACAUCCAUUCCUCUCCACGCAGCUCACCCCUUUCAAAUGAAGGCAGACCGCUCUGGGAAGCAGCCAUGCCUGGAGGAUCUCUACAUAUGCUCUUACACGCCGACACUUUCGGCGCUGAUCAGAUCCAGACAUAUGAUGAAGAAUCGUGUGCCUCCGUCCUUCGUGGCAAUCGGACAGGGUCAACCACGUGCAGGGAAAGGCAAGGCGCUCUUAGCUGUCGACAGCGAGCUCGAGCUUGUCCAUAAGCUUGUCCCCGCGACGGCUAACCGUUCCACUCUAUCUGGCCACGGAGCUACACGAGCAGGUGCACUAGAUGCUUUGGAACAGAACUCAUGGGUGCACCUCGCUUGUCACGGCAAGCAGGACCACAACCAGCCUUAUAAUUCCCAUUUCGUCAUGAAGGAUGAACCUCUCACGUUGCUCGACAUCAUGGAGAAAGAUAUUCCACAUGCUGAGUUCGCGUUCUUGUCGGCGUGUCAUACCGCCGCCGGCGAUAAGGAGACACCCGACGAAGUCAUUCAUCUCGCAGCUGGACUUCAGUUUUCGGGGUUCAAGAGCGUCGUUGGCACGCUGUGGGAGGUCGACGACGCUGUUGCAAAACAUGUUGUUGAAGCUUUCUACAAGAAUAUGGUCAAGAAUUUGAAGGAUGGCAGCUUCAUGGAUUGUACGAAGGCGGCUUGGGCACUCAACCGUGCUACGCACGCCGUGAUGACGAAAGUGCCGCUCGAGCAGAGGAUGGUGUUUAUUCAUAUCGGUGUGUAGUUCUACGUCGUAUUUCUUCGUCUGUUACAUAUUCGCA